UUUAUUUACAUCGCAACAUGAAAUACACAUUUUAUUUGUUGUUUUUGUGUGAUUCGAUGUACCGUUUUUCCAUGUGGACGGUUGUUGUUUUUCUACCGGGCGCUGUCGUUCCGUGCGGGGAAUGAGAAGAGUAUCCUACCGAUGCGGACUUUGGGGGAGAAGUAUCGUUAACGGAACGGUACCGGGUGGCAAUGGCGGCCAGUCUGCCGGAGAGAGAGAGAGAGCGAUGAUGGAGACUUCUACCGGAGAGCAGCUGAUCGGUUCAAGAUGCUCUACCAACCUGAGUGGUGCCGUGGCCUUGUGCCUCGCAGUUAGACAAUGAACCGAUUCUCCCGAUCUGCCAGAUGACCGCGACCGCUCUCUCUGACACUACCAGACCGGUGCAGUAGACUGGACCGCUGACCGUGUUGCCUGACUGGACCGCUGACCGUGUUGCCUGACCGGGGUUGUGUUGGGGUGAUGGAGUACCAUAGUAGUGGUAGCCUGCCCCUGCUGGGCCGACCCAGGUACUGUCCUGGGGCCAGCUCCAACGGAGGUUACCUCUGUGAGACCGGACACUGCUGUGGGGAGACAGGCUGCUGCACCUAUUACUAUGAACUCUGGUGGUUCUGGCUGCUGUGGACCGUUCUGAUCCUGUUCAGUUGUUGCUGUGCUUACCGACACCGCCGGGCUAAACUCAGAGUCCAACAGCAGCAGAGACAGAGAGAGAUCAACCUACUGGCUUACCAUGGAGCUACAUCCUACCCCUCCUCCAUGUUAGACCUCAGUUUCCUGGCGUCUCUGAAGCUACCGUCCUAUGAAGAGGUAGCAGCUCAGCCCUCCACUCCCCCACCUCCCUACAGCACUGUGUUCGCUGCCCAGGGGGGCGCCGCUCGCUACCCCCAGCCACCACACCAUCCCCCGGGAUCACACCCCCACCCCGGCACCAGCGCCAGCGCUGCACCCUCCUCUUUCAGCUCUGACAACAGCUCCAGCUGUUCCUGUGACUCUUGCUGUCCGUCAUCUCCCUGUAGCACCUACGAGACCGACACAAGCCGUGCUUCCACGCCCACAACACUGUCCCAAUACGCUGCAGAGAACACUGCUGCUGUUGUCUUGGAGACAGUUGCUACGGUUACAUCCUCGGAGAUGAUUGUCUCUGUAUCUUCAGAGACAGAUGCGGAUGUUGCCGGUGGCAACAGGAUCGGUGUUGUUGCUGAUGCGUUUACUGUUGUUAUAACCUCAGAGGCCGACACCAACUUAAGCGAACAAUCUACAGAACCUGCACAGGUGCACUACUUUCCUGGUGCUACCAUGGGAACUGUUACUAUGGAGACAGAUGUUUGUAUUGUAGCUCGUGUCUCUUCUCGUACCUCACCCACGUCUACAGAACACCCUCUAGUUGCUACAACAACAGAACACCCUCUAGCUGGGACUGCUUGUCCUUUAACCAAUCCAGGUCACGACAGACCAUCCUGUCCCCACAGUCCCUCCCCCACACCCACCUCUGCUGUCCCCUCCCCUACCACACCCACCUCUGCUGUCCCCUCCCCUACCACACCCACCUCUGCUGUCCCCUCCCCUACCACCACCACCUCUUGUACCCCUAACCCCUCUGCGCUCUCCCCAGCCCAAGCUCCUACCCUAAUCCUAGCCUCCCCAGUCCUUUCAGCCCAAGCUCCUACCCCCUCUGCCCUCUCCCCAGCUCCUACCCCCUCUGCCCUCUCCCCAGCCCCUACCCUACGCCUAGCCUCCCCAGCUCCUACCCCCUCUGCCCUCUCCCCAGCCCCUACCCUAACCCUAGCCUCCCCAGCCCCUACCCUAACCCUAGCCUCCCCGGCCCCUACCCUAACCCUACCCUCCCCAGCCCCUACCCUACCCCUAGCCUCCCCAGCCCCUACCCUAACCCUAGCCUCCCCAGCCCCUACCCCCUCUGCCCUCUCCCCAGCCCCUAACCCCUCUGCCCUCUCCCCACCUCCUACCCCCUCUGCCCUCUCCCCAACUCCUACCCCCUCUGCCCUCUCCCCAACUCCUACCCCCUCUGCCCUCUCCCCAACUCCUACCCUAACCCUAGCCUCCCCAGCCCCUACCCCCUCUGCCCUCUCCCCAACUCCUACCCUAACCCUAGCCUCCCCAGCCCCUACCCUAACCCUAGCCUCCCCAGCCCCUACUCUACCCCUAGCCUCCCCAGCUCCUACCCCCUCUGCCCUCUCCCCAACUCCUACCCUAACCCUAGCCUCCCCAGCUCCUACCCCCUCUGCCCUCUCCCCAGCCCCUACCCUAACCCUAGCCUCCCCAGCCCCUACCCUAACCCUAGCCUCCCCAGGCCCUACCCCCUCUGCCCUCUCCCCAGCUCCUACCCCCUCUGCCCUCUCCCCAGCUCCUAACCCCUCUGCCCUCUCCCCAGCUCCUACCCCCUCUGCCCUCUCCCCAACUCCUACCCCCUCUGCCCUCUCCCCAGCUCCUAACCCCUCUGCCCUCUCCCCAGCUCCUACCCCCUCUGCCCUCUCCCCAGCUCCUACCCCCUCUGCCCUCUCCCCAGCUCCUACCCCCUCUGCCCUCUCCCCAGCUCCUACCCCCUCUGCCCUCUCCCCAACUCCUACCCUAACCCUAGCCUCCCCAACUCCUACCCUAACCCUACCCUCCCCAGCCCCUACCCUAACCCUAGCCUCCCCAGCCCCUACCCUAACCCUAGCCUCCCCAGCCCCUACCCUAACCCUAGCCUCCCCAGCCCCUACCUCCUCUGUCCCAGUCUCUUCUCCUGUAGCCUCAGACCCAAAGGCUCAGGCCUUUUUCAAUCCUCUUGGAGCUCUUGCAGUGGAACGGACAGAGACUGUCUCUCCCUCCUGCUCUCCUCCCCCUGUCUUCCCCUUGUCCUCUCCUCCCCCCUUCUCUCCAUCCUCUCCUCCCCCUGUCUCCCCCAGGCCCACCCAGUCUCCCCCCAAGCAGACCCUGUUCUCCCCCUGUGUGGACGUGUACCAGCUUGUCCCCCACACCUACAGGAGCGAGGGAGAGGAGGAGGAGGAAGAGCAGGAGGAAGUUGGGGCCGAUGAGAGUCAGUACCGCCACCGCCGUCUGACCGGGGACUCAGGCAUCGAGGUGUGUCGCUGUCAGGUUGAGGAAGACGAGGAGGAGGAGGAGGAAGAGGAGGAGGGAGUGGAGGAAGCAGGGGAUGAAGGAGAGGGGGUGAGCGAGCUCCAUGACAGCCUGGACUGCCCGGUUAGAGGUCAGGGGUCAGGGGAUGGACUAACCCUGUGUAGCCCCGCCCCAGUAGACACCCCAUUGGCUGAGGAGGAUUCUGUGGUGAUUGUCAUGGAGAGCGUGUGAUGGACAGCUGAGCGGAGUCAGUGGCCUAAACCGUUUUCAUCCUAAACGGGGGGGGGGGGGGGGUGCAAGUGA